CACUACGUAGGUUUGUUAUUGUCACGUGACAGCUGACUAAACGCCGCCAACUGUUGCCAAAUAAUACGAGUAACUACUAUACAUGAUGAAAUAUAAAGAAAUACACUCUGCUGACGUGUGACCAAGAUGUAUAUAAGUAACAUUUCAAUUCGUCUGUGAGCGUUAAAUAAUUUGAAGCGGACUCGAUGUACUAACACUCAACUAACGUUAGCAUUAGCCGAAGCAUCGCAGGAGGAGGAAGUGGUCAAUAAGCUUCCAGAAAACCGACUGAACUGAUAUCUCUUUCCAGGCUGUUUUCAGUAUGCGAAACCGACAGAGGGGAUCCUACCUGGGUCUGCUGCUCCUGGCCUCCCAGCUGUUCCAGGUGGGUCUGGACAACAUCCCCCCAGUCACCCUGGCUGUCCUGGGACUCAACGUGUACCUUUACCUGUUUCCUGCAGCUCCACUGAUGCAGGCCUGUGUGAGUGUCCAGCAGGCAUACUGGUUUAAAGACUGGCGCCGCCUUCUGCUGUCCCCGCUACACCAUGCGGAUGAUUGGCAUCUCUACUUCAACAUGGUGUCCUUCCUCUGGAAGGGUAUCAGGCUGGAGCGACGGCUGGGCGGAGCCUGGUUCCUCUACCUGCUGUCAGUCUUCUCUCUGCUCACUGGAUUGGUCUAUCUGAUGUUGGAGGCAGUGUUAACAGAGCUCACCCAGGACCAGUCCUACAGCAUGGCCUGUGCUGUUGGCUUCUCAGGUGUCCUGUUUGCUCUGAAGGUGCUCAGUAACCAUUACCACCCUGGGGACGUGACCUAUGUGAUGGGUUUCCCUGUGUCUAAUCGCUAUGCUAGCUGGGCGGAGCUAGUGCUGAUCCACAUUACAUCACCUGGGACCUCUUUUAUUGGUCACCUGGCAGGUAUCCUGGUGGGUCUGCUCUACACUGCUGGACCACUGAAGACCAUCAUGAAGAAAUGUGCAGGGUUUGUGACAUCGCACGGAUAUAACUCCCGGCCCAGCGCAUACUACAACUCUUCAGGCUCUACAGGCUACAGUGGCACUCGUGGAGGAUACUCACGAUACCAAUAUGUACCAGAUUACACAACAAAUCCCACAGCAUCUUAUACAGGUGGACUGACGGAGGAAGAGCAGAUAGAGGCAGCUGUCAGAAACAGUCUGAAUGACAGAGGACAAACCAACCAGAGAGGAGCUCCUCCUCCUUAUGGUUUCCACCUCUCUGAGGAGGCGAGAGCUGAGGAAAUCAGGCAGAGGAGACUGAGAAGGUUCGACAGCUGAACUGCCAGGCAGCGGAGGGGAAGAAGAUGGUUUAGGUGACAAGACAGAAGAGGAAUUCUCUCCUGAAGCCUGGUCCAAACUCUGCUUCCAGAGACUGAGGAAGAACGCCCUAAAUGAGAAGGUCCACCCACACAGUCUGACACGUUUUACAGUUCUUUUACUGUGUGGUCCUUUGUGUUAACAUGCCUCUGAGUGUACCAAAAAGUUAAUGUAAGCUAUAGAAAGCUACUUUAAUGCUACUUAAUCUGAACCGCCCAGUAUUUUGAAAGUAGGUUCAGCCAAUAGACACCAGCAAUACCAGACUGAUGCUUUUGAACUUGAGGACAGCUGUGGCUCUUUCCAUGCUGUUCAUGAUGUUCAUAACUGAUUCCUUUUUUCCUUUCAAAUCAGCUUUCAUCAGAUUACCAGAACACGAUACAGUAUGGUGCCAAAUAGUCACAGAUAACCAUAAGCCAACUAGCAUAGUUGAUGAAUGCUGUCUUGAUGUACAUCAGAAGUCUUGUUUCAUGAAGGCCCAGUUGGCUCGUGUAAUGGUACAUCUGUAAUAAAUGUUCUUUUGAGCACAAAAAGUA